AUGUCCGCCCAAAUGGAAUAUGUUCGCCUUGGAAACUCCGGCCUAAAGGUGUCCAAGAUCAUACUUGGUACCAUGGGCUUUGGAAGCAAGCAAUGGCAAGACUGGGUCUUGGAUGAGGAAGAUUCCCUGCCUCUGAUCGAGCACGCAUACAAGCAGGGAAUCAACACCUGGGACACUGCCGAUGUCUACUCCCAUGGUCUCUCCGAAGAGAUCGUCGGAAAGGCACUGAAGAAGUACAACAUCCCUCGCAACCGGGUCGUAAUCAUGACCAAGUGCUUCUUCGGCGUCGACGACCAGGGAGAACUCCCUCAGAUCUCCGCCAGUGCCCGCAACGACGGCGCGUGGGUUAACCGGGCCGGUCUGUCACGCAAGCACAUUCUCGACGCUGUGGACGCUAGCGUCGAGCGUCUGGGCACAUAUAUCGAUGUGCUGCAGAUCCACCGUCUGGACCGGGAGACGCCCCGGGAGGAAAUCAUGAAGGCGCUCAACGACGUCGUGGAGAGCGGCAAGGUCCGCUACCUUGGAGCUAGCACGAUGGCCGCAUGGGAGUUCCAAGCUCUGCAAAAUGUCGCCGAGCGUAACGGCUGGCACAAGUUUAUCUCAAUGCAGAACUAUCACAACCUGAUUGAUCGGGAAGAAGAGCGGGAGAUGAUCCCAUACUGUCUUGAUAGCGGUGUCUCGCUCAUUCCUUGGUCUCCGAUGGCGCGCGGUAUUCUUACUCGGCCUUGGGAUUCACGUGGGGGUGUGCGCGAGAACAGCGAUGCUACUCUCAAGGGAAUUGUGCGCGGUCGUGAAGGUGAGGCUGACAAGGCUAUUGUUGGUCGUGUUGAGGAACUGGCUGGCAAGAAGGGCGUGAGCAUGGCGCAGAUUGCUCUUGCUUGGUCACUGAGCCAGCCUAAAGAACAGCCUAUUGUUGGGUUAAGCAGCAUCAAGCGCAUUGACGAGGCGGUUGCUAGUCUCCAGGUUAAGUUGACCCUCGAGGAGAUCAAGUAUCUGGAGGAGCCGUAUGUGCCGAAGGUUGUUAUUCCUAUGUAA